AAAAUCUCACUCAUACCCCGCCUGGGGCUGACGUACCUACGCUGCUCACCUGUGCUGUUCAGGGGGGAUAUUCAGCAUGGACGAUGGUGGAAGAAACUUUCGUCGAAACCUCCAUUGCCUCCUCCCCUCUUGGAGGACGCGGCGAGCGCGUCUGUCCGCCUGAACGGUGGCGGGCGACGGCCUGCUUUUGGCACGCCAAUGACGUCGCUUUGAGACGGACGGAGUCUCGAGAGGCCUCUUGCAUGCUCCACACAGGAGACGUCUUUAAGCGCCUGGGGCCGCGGGAUGCUGGGCAGUUGCUAUUUUGAACUCCUGGAACAAGCAACCAACCGACCCCGCCUUCAAGAAAUCGUUCGAUUGCGGAACGAAGUCUGUGAGAAGUCGGGCGGGUGUCGAGCUUUCCACCCCGUUUCACCCCACCUACCUACCGAGGUACCUCACAUCGCGGCGCAAUACGUCGCACGCGCGAAGGGUCACAACUCUCAAAACCCGAGGGCGUUGAUAAUUGUGACAAUGGCAUCCGGACACAAUGACCCGAAGCUGCUGUACGCCAUUAACGGCGUAUCGGCCUACCACAUUGCCAAUGGCAAGGAGGAGCUCCUCACGCCGGCCGGCCCGCAGACGCUGUCCCUUUUGAUGGUCCCGACCACAUCCGCUUUUGCCGACCCCGCGAUUGAUUCCGAUACCGCCCCGGAACAGGACUUCUACCUUCACCUCCACCUGCCGCCCGAGCUCGACCUGCCCCUUCCGGCCACGACGCAGAUCUACCACCAGCCGCCAACCAGUUAUUUAAUCCCGCGAUGGGACCUCGGACCGGGCAGCGGCGCCUUUACCAGGAUCGAGUUUCCCUCGGUGGAGAGCCGGAAGGGGAUUCAGGAGGAUGUAGACACGUUCGAGACGAUUCUGGCGCAAUGCACCGCCUUCCUUGAGCGGGCGCCGCCGCCCAAGAUUGGCAAGGGCGAGCAGUGGUGGGAGGGCAAAAAUGAGAAAAGCGCCGCAACGAAGUCGGCAGAGGCGGCGGGAGAUGCGUUGCCCUCGUAUAACCCGGCUGACUUCAAGCCUGGCGAGGGGUACGUGCGGGGAAGUCACAGCGUGGCUGCGCCGGGACAGAUCGUGCUUGUUGAUGAGGAGGACGGCAGCGUGAUUGGAGAGCUGGAUGGUUUUCAGGUCGUCGAGUCCAGCGGGCUGAAACCGGGAUCGAAAGACCCGGUCGAGAUCACCUUACCAGCCGCAGGCGGCCAGAACAUCAACGUGGCACCCAUAUCCGCCGACUUGCACGAGGCAGACCUACACCCAGCGUACAAGAGUUCGUUCCUCGUGUCCAACGCCUCGGCGGCCUCGCGCCUCAUCAUCACCGGCUCCGACAUGCUUUCCAAACUGCUGCAGAACCAGGCCGACAGCUUCACCAAGAAUGCCCAGCCGAGCGCCAAGCCCAUGACCUUCAAGCCCGCCACGCGCGAGCACAUCCGCCGCAUCAACACCUUCACCGGCGGUGCGGCGACGCUGUCGGCCAAGACGGUCGGCCAGAUCACUAGGGUAGCCCAGAACUGGGGCGCGUCCCUCGGCGGCCACGGCAAGGACAAGAACGGCUCGGCGCGCAAGGGCUUCGACAAGGACGGCAAGCCGCUCGGCACCUACAAGCCGGGCCUGCUCAACAAGAGCAUGAUGGCCUUCUCGACCGUCAUGGACGGCGUCGAGCAGGCCGGCCGGAACCUGCUGUCCUCGUCCUCGGAGGCGGCGACUACGGUGGUCGGCCACAAGUGGGGGCCCGAGGCCGGCGAUGUCACGAGGAGUCUGGGCGGCGGCGUCAAGAAUGUCGGCCUGGUCUAUAUCGACGUGACGGGCGUGUCGAGGCGGGCGAUCCUGAAGAGCGUGGCUAAGGGCAUGGUGGUGGGCAGAACCUCGACAGGCGAUAACAUCAUCGUCGGGGGAGGCGACGGGGGAGUGGCUACGCUGGAUACGGACAGACAGGAUGCGCAGUCGUUGAGUGGGAUGACUGUGACCGAGGGGAAACAGCCCGCAGGCCCGUUAAAUGGGAAGUUUAUGUGAUGAGUAUGUCGGUUCGGUAGGUAUGGGAAUCUGUGGCGGAAGAAGGUUUUUUAGUUGGACUUCGUGUUGAAUAAUACUUUUCAACUUCUCAAGGGACUUUGAUGAAUUGGUGCAUUUUUGGA